AUGUCUAAAGAUUCGCCAAAAACAACGCGAAAUGAUAGAACACGUAAGGUUCGCCCUACUAUGCAGCUUUACUGUCCUAGAAUGUUAAGGACCGCUGCAGUUGACAGAAAGGUGGAUUCCAGAGAGAAAAAUGCGAAUACCGAACAUUUAGCGAAGUCAGUGAAUACUGUAAAAGAUUAUGUUAAUUUGAAUUCUCAUGUUGAUAGUCUUCUACGCAAUAACAACUGUUCAUUAAAUGGUGGCACAUACAAAGUGGGAGAAAAUUCUAGUGAAUCAUUGCGAAAAAGCAGCAACAGCAUCAACAAGUUUUACGAUCAUCUUGCAGACAAUUUUGGUUCUCCAAAAAGACGACCUGGCAGACGAAAAUAUUCCAGUUCUAACAAUUGUUACAGCUCUGAAUCACUUUGUGAAGGCUGUUCUACAGAUAAUGAAAUAUAUCAUUGUAAUGGCCCUGCAAGUUCACAAAUUGGAAGCAAAGUAUCUUCACGGAAUCAAAAAGAAACAUUCGAUCAAAAUUCAGCUCUUCCAGGUGGACCGCUAUACGCUGAUGGAACUGGUCUAAGCCGAACAAGCUUUGACCGUCGUAGUCCACUAAAUCGUCAGCGAGACUGGUCUUUCAGAAGCAAUCAGUCGGAAGAUUUCAAGCAUUGUCGCCAUCGAAACAACAAAAAUAGUUGUAUCGACCGAACUAGUAAUAUACCACAAGAUAAUCAGGUUGCUGAAAGGAACGAAAUUUUGACGAACAAAUCUAAAGCAGUAUCAAAGCAUAUAUCCUUUCAGGACUUAUAUGCUAGUCUUGAUUCGAUCGAUUUGGCUUCAUUUGACUGGAGUUCAGAAGUGGAAGCUGAGGAACGACGUAAGAAAGAACGAGAGGAAGAGGGACGUACAGCUGAGAAACACCCAUCACAAACAAACCCCUCAGGUUCUCAGAAUAAAAGAUCUCGACGUGCUCUCGAAUCUCUUUCUAAAUUUCAAAAUCGUUCAGGAGCUAGCAAUGGUAGUAAUGGUUUUAGUCGCUUAUACUCUAGAAACGUUAAGCUUCCAUCGGUUGGGCGUGGACGUCGUUUUACUGAUCUAUCAAGACAGCGAAAUGAUAGCUUCACAAGUCAAGCAUCAAGUAUUGCCGAAAGUAUCGAAGAACAGAGUGACGUGGAAAGUGGCAGUGGUGAAAGAACACCAACUAACAAUGAUAGAAAGACGACAUUAAAUUUUUCUACGCAAGACAAUGAAAACAAAGUAGAAAGCUCUAAUCUGAAUGUUAACCAAGUUCCCAGAUCAGAUGAUUCAACUAUCAAUAAUACACACCGGGACGGACAUGGAAAUAGAGGACGAAGUAAACGCGAAAAUCGGUGGAAAAUGAGGAAGCAGCACAAUCUAGGAGAAAUAGAAGUAGUUGUGGAGCGUAGAUCUACCACCUCACAGUAUACUCGGAAUAAUACGCGCACUAGUAACAGAGAUAGCGACUUGAGUGCCCCAUCAUCUAAUAUCCUGAAAGCGACAUCGUCUGCACCCAUCAAGGGUAUUAGCGGACUGAAGAAUGUUGCGUCGAGAAACUUUCGAGAGGAAGAGAAAUAUUGUGAUGUACCAUCCUUAUCCAUUGGAUCAGCAACUCUUCUGGCGGAACUUUCAAAUGAACCACUGAAAGCUUCAGAAUCAUCAUUGGGAAGGACGAAAAGUAAUAGAUUUCGAAGGGAAUUACCACCUACUGAAUGGCCAAUACAUUUAGAAAUUUCAUGCAAAGAGGGUCCACAAAUUCAGAUACUGAAUGACACAAUUAAUCAGUUGAUCGAGCGAAUAACAGAGUUUGCGGAUCUAAGUGCUGGUGAAGAAAUCCUAGUGGCCAGUGAAUCAUUAUCGGAACUUUAUCUAUCAAUUGUGACAAGAAAUAUCAGUUAUACUUAUACAAUGAAUCUGGAGCAACAUUUAUGGAAACAGUGCUUUUAUACGUCCAUAGAAGCUUUGCGCGCUGCAAGCAAUUCAACGGGGAAUUCCUCUCGCAUUUUUCGCACUAAUUUGUCGAAACUUAUCCAGCAGGGUCUAGCUUUUUAUGCACUGCUGUUGAACAAAUAUGAAGUAGCAUUUGGUUUUAUUAUCGAUGACUAUCUGUACUGGCCUUCAAAUCUACCAUCAGAUGAUUUCGCUGGAUGUGUACUGACUGAUUCUGCGAUUCAUGAAGCAACGGACCACAUCAUUAAGGUAGCUCUGUUAUCUGCUCAAAGACUAGCAGUUUCAGUUGGUGAUUUGCAUCGUUACAGUAGCAUGGUUUCAGGUAUUAAAGAUUAUUCACAUGCAAGAGUGUGGUAUCAAAAAGCAGCACAGUUGGCUGCAGGGAACGGACGUUCUUACAAUCAGUUGGCUCUCCUCGCUGUUUAUGAGUCAAAAUGGAUUGAUGUAAUAUUCUACUACGUUCGGGCAUUGGCAGCACGCUAUCCUUUUGAAACCGCGCGACAACCACUUUUCACCGCUUUCAGUCAUGUUCAAAAAAAGGUAAGCGAAUUUGAAAUAGAAUUCAGUGCACGUGUUGGUGAUACUGCAAUACGUGAAGCGGAAGCAGCUGCGGCUCGGACUGAUAGGCCACAAGAAAUCUGGAUUGCACAAGAUGGAAAACUUUCCUCUCGGAAUUAUGCUGAUAUUACGGACCAUCGAGCUAUCCACGCAUUGCGAUCAGUUUCCACUGUUGAAUUGUUCCGCCAGGCAGUUCCAUAUUUGCUUCAUACAGCCGGACUUCUUAUUACUAAAAUUGGGAUGGAGGAGUAUGACAGUAUUAGUGAACGAGCAUUAUUCCAACUAUCACAGUUAAUAUCACGUGAUGAGUGUCCACUUUCGUCUUUACACCUCAUACAACUGUGCACUCUUUUUCUUUACGCUGUUCAUAGCUUAACUCUUAAAAAUAGUGAGCCAGGAACUUGUUCUUUACAACAGCAGCAAGCAGUACAAAUGGUUUUAAGUUUAUUCGGAGUAAUUUUAAAACCAGUGUACGAUGUGUUGUCAGAUUUGUCGAAAAUUCUGAACGGUUCUGUUCGCUUGCCAUCAAAGACCCGUCGAGUAUUGCCAGCUGUUUUUGUUAUUUCUGAGUGGUUGUCGAUGCCGUCCGUAAAUCGUUUAUACAGAAGUAUGCCAUCGUUGGAAUCCAUCCAAACUUCACUUAUACAAGUUGAUACUUGGAAAUUAUUUGCCGAUGUUGCGAAUACUUUAGUAAACGCUGAAUCUAGAGGAAUUUUAUCAAGGACUGUUACACAAUCUGAUGGAAAAUCGGAAGAAUCUGUAGAAAUUAUACUUCCGGAAGCAGUUUUUUUGGCAUCCUUUAUUGAUGUGUUUACUGUAUUGCCAAAAUCGUUACAGAUGCUGUCCUUAGAAAACAUCGAUCUUCGCAAUAAUCUAUCUCUUCUGGCUCUUCAUGCUCGUUUAUCGUCCCUUUUAUCAACAGCAGAAUAUUUGGAUGGCUCAGAACUACCGUGCUUUGGAUUUGAUGAGUAUUUGCGUUGUUUUGCUGCAACCCGUUGUACUUCACCAGUUACCGUUCAAAGUACAGAAACAAGAAAAUCUAUUGCUAACUUUGAUCGGCAGUUUGAUAACUUAGAAUUUUCACAUGAGGCAAUGGAGCAAGAUUUAAGUCAUUUUUCCGACGAGUACAAACAUUAUAGACAAACGGUUCGCGAAAAUCAAGUAAAACAGAAGCUUCUGGAACGUGAAACGAUGGGAAAUCGAGUGAUUAUUGAAGUGCGUCCGAAGUAUUUGGUGCCAGAUACGAAUACGUUUAUUGACCACUUGGCGUCUAUUAGAAAAAUUGUUGAAAGUCACCGAUUCACUGUACUUGUACCAACAACUGUUUUCUCAGAAUUAGAGAAUCUUUCGCGCCUUUCUCCUUCGCCAAAACCCGCUGUUGGAGUGUUAGGUGAUUUUCAAGAUUACUGGGUUGGUGAACGAGCGAAAGAGGCAGUCGCUUAUCUGAAAGAUUUGGUUGGCAAACAAGUACCUCAGGUCUACACAAUAACCAGUAAAGGAAAUUUGCUAACUUCGCUCAUGUUUGCUACGGAGGAAACUUGCGCUUCAGGAGAAUUGAAAGCAGUGAAUGACGAUUUUAUUCUGUCAAGCUGUGUGAAUUUUGCGAAAACUCGAGCUAAACCUCCAAAUGCCAUAGCAACAGCACAAUCAUCAUCGAUAUCUAUGAUGGAUACAGAACAGCUAACAAAACUUUAUCGAAAUGUUGUUUUAUUAACUGAAGAUCGUGCACUGAAUAUCAAAGCUAUAUGCGAAAAUAUACCCUGCAGGACAGUUCCAAGUUUCAUGAAAUGGGCAUCUCUUAGAUAG